AUGACCACAUUAAAGUGUGACCCCUAUGUCUCGGGGACUUGUAUAUUCAACUCUGCGUUUUGGGCUUUCGGUCCGUGUAUUAGAGGGUUUAGGCAUUGCAGGCCGGUGAUAAGCAUAGAUGCAACGCACCUCUAUGGCAAGUACAAAGGAAAGCUGUUGAUAGCAAUGGCAACAGAUGGUAACAACGAGGUUUAUCCACUCGCAUUUGCCGUUGUCGAAAGCGAGAGCACGGAGACAUGGGGAUGGUUCUUGGCAUGCCUGUUGACCUAUGUUACAGACCGCACCAAUUUGUGUAUAAUAUCCGACAGGCAUCGUGGGAUACAAUCAUGCUUCGAUGACACCACUAGGGGCUACUUGCAAUCGCCCUUAACCCAUCACCAGUAUUGCCUCCGCCAUUUAGUAAGCAAUGUUAACACUAACUUCAAUAGUGUGCCGUUGAAGAACUUGGUAUGGAACGCAGCAACUGCGAAUCAAGUUAGGAAGUUUGAGAACACCAUGGAUUGCAUCAAGAAUGUCAACCCGGCUGCGUACGACUAUCUUAAGGAGGUAAAUCAAGAAAAGUGGACACUUGUACAUGACCAUGGGCACCGAUAUGGGGCAAUGACAACCAACCUGUCAGAGUGCUUCAAUGGGGUACUUAAAGGCGCACGUAGCUUGCCCAUAACUGUAAUGGUGAAGUUUACAUUUUACAAGGUGAACUCAUACUUUGACGAACGUCGAAACAAAACCCUAGAGAAGUUGGAAGAGGGGCAAGUGUGGUGCAAAUAUGCCUAUGACAAGUUCGAGGAAAAUCAAGAGAAGGCGAAGCUCCAUAUUGUUAGAAGGAUGAGUGCGCAACAACGGUUAUAUAAAGUGGAGACACAGUCUUCACUGUUGAACACUGGUGGGGGAGAUCACACCCAUAGGGUUUCCCUCAUAGACAUGACAUGCAUGUGCGGCAAAUGA